GUGACAAAUCGAUUUCAAACAUAACCCCCAUAGAAAUGAAAAAUUGAAUUCGAGUAUUCUAAAUUACUGUAUUAGGAAAAUAUAUCAAAUGCAAUAUUGUAAAAACCUUGAAGUAAUCGAAGAUGUUGUUCUUGACCUUAAUGAGUUAUGCUGCCAUUUGUAUACAGAUAAUUUUUGCUACUGUCGCGAUAGCAUCAGGAUUAUAUUAUUUAGCAGAACUUGUAGAAGAGUAUUCUAGUAUUGCUAAAAAAUGUAUCACUUGGAUUAACAUUGGUGUAACCAGCUUAUUUAUUUUCUUAUGGUUAUUAGAAGACUUCCCUUUAUUGAUGAUACUAUGUGGAAUACUAGCUCAAUUAUCUCACUUUGUAAUACUGAAAAAUUUUCCCUACGUGAAUUUUCUACAGCCAAGCUUCAUUGUAGCCGUCUUGUUCAUAGUGAUAAAUCAUUUGCUAGCAUUUCAGCAUUUUGCUGAUUUGUAUUAUACUUUUUCAGAGGUUUUAGCAUAUUUCACAUUAUGCUUAUGGUUAGUGCCUUUUUCUCUAUUUGUUUCAUUGUCGGCAAAUGACAAUGUGCUACCCAUGACCAACGAUAAAACUGAGAGCGACGUAGUUACAAAUUAUUUCUCGAAAAAAGGUAAAAGAUAUGGGCUUCUAACAUUUUUCAACUAUGCCAAAGAGUCUUUGCUUCCAAUAAGGACUAAAAAAGGGUUUUGAUCAAAUCAAUAAUUGAUAAUGACUGAAAAAAAAUUCUGUAAAUAAUGUAAUUGGUGGCAGCAACUCACUGUAAAUAAAUAAUAUUGAAUCUCUUA